GUGAGGGGGCAUAUGUACGGAUCCUGCACGACCGCAGACAUGUAUCCUCCGUGAAGUGUAGCGCAAGACAACUCUAAGAUACCGGGUGUUCUGCGAGAAACAAUGAACAUGUGCGGCUCUAUUUCUGAAUGAGCACAAGGACAUGUGUGAUAUGCGUUGUAGCCUACCUAUAGACCAACAUCAUUCGCACUAUUCCAAUUUCAUUCAGAUUUGAGGGCACAGGUAUAUGACUUAAACUCAUUUUAGGGAAGAAAGAAGACGUGGUGUUCUGCUGGUUUUUGUGGAAUUUUCGCUCCAGCCGAGAGUCGUGAUGUCUGGCUCAUUUCACACAUUGUUCCUGGUUCUGCUGGGUGUGUUGACGGCAUGCGCCCAGACGGAGAUGAAGAGGGUUGUCGGUGACAAUGCGACACUGCCCUGUCACCACCAGUUCUGGGCAGGUGACGCCCCCACACUGGACAUCGAGUGGCUCCUACUCAAGCCCAGCUCCAAGCAGAGAGUGGUGAUCACCUACUUCGCGGGCCGGGUGUACGACCCCAACGAGGCGGAGGCGGGCCGGCUGUCCUUAGCCGGGGACUACCUCAAGGGGGACGCCUCCCUGCUGAUCAGUGACCUUAGCCUGGGUGACUCGGGCGAGUACAGCUGCAAGGUGAAGAAUGGGGGGAAGUACCAAUGGAGCACGAUCAACCUCAUAGUACAGGUGAAGCCGUCUAAGCCGCGAUGUUGGAUGGAGGGCCGGCUGUUGGAGGGUAGUGAUGUUAAGAUGAGCUGUAAGUCUACAGAUGGCUCUGACCCCAUAAACUACAAAUGGGAGAGGCUGCUGGACAAGGGCAAGUACGUGGGAAAGCUGCCCCCACUGGCCCUCAUAGAUUUGAAAAACUCAGAGAUAGUGACACUGAGGAACCUGACCAAGGAGAGUGCUGGGGUGUAUAAAUGUACCGCCAGCAACAAUGUGGGAGAGGAGAGCUGCACCGUAGAGGUCAAGAUGCACUAUGUGCGGGGCAUGGGUGUGGUGGCGGGCGCCGUGGUGGGCGUGUCCUUCGGUGUCCUUCUCAUCAUUCUCAUUAUUUGGCUGGUGUUCCGCAAGAAGGAGAAGAAGAAAUACGAGGAGGAGGAGACCCCUAACGAGAUCAGGGAGGAUGCGGAGGCUCCCAAAGCCAAACUGGUGAAGCCCAACUCCCUCUCCUCGUCCCGUUCUGGAAGCUCCCGCUCGGGCACCUCCUCCACCCAGUCCAUGGUCCACACCACUGCCCCCCGGGGGCCCCGCGCCCGACUUCCUGACGUCGCCGCCCUCAAGGAGAACGGCCAGCCCCCCAGCUUCCCCCAACAGCCCCCUGCCUACACACAGGUGGUCCCCAAGACCCUUGAGCCCCGCACAGCCUCGGCCAAGCUCAGCCCUCCCCCAAAGCUAAGCCCCGGGAACCUGGCCCGCAUGGGAGCAACGCCGGUCAUGAUCCCUGCCCAGACCCAGGCCUUUCAGACUGUGUAGGAGGGAGGGAGGGAGAAGUGGAGGGAGUAGACGCAGACAGACACAAGAAGCCCUAGUACACAGCUGAUAGCAACAUCCAGACUGCCCCCAGAAACCCUGUGAAAACCAGCCAUAUCAUCAACUAAAAGUAUAAUUGAGUGCAUUCUACGAAGGGAAGACUUUCGUAAGAGGUUUUGUCUCCUGUACAAACAAUACAGAGCGAAAUCUAUUGUUCGCAUGAUAUCCCAUGACAACAGAACAUUCAUUGUGUUUUUGCUGACGAGGUCAGUGAUGUGUAUCAUACUCUGACGAGGUCAGUGAUGUGUAUCAUACUCUGACGAGGUCAGUGAUGUGUAUCAUACUCCGACGAGGUCAGUGAUGUGUAUCAUACUCUAUCGAGGUCAGUGAUGUGUAUCAUACUCUGACGAGGUCAGUGAUGUGUAUCAUACUCUAUCGAGGUCAGUGAUGUGUAUCAUACUCUGACGAGGUCAGUGAUGUGUAUCAUACUCUAUCG